UUUUUUUUUUGAAAAAAAAAAUGAUGGGUCAGCUUCCAGUAAUACGCAAUUUCUCUCUCUUCUUCUUCUUCUUCUCUUUCUUCUGCGCGGCCUCCUCCUUCAACCUCUCCGUCAUCUCGUUUGAUCAGGGCUACACCCACCUUUUCGGCGAAGGCAACCUCGUCCGCUCCUCCGACGGCAGAAGCGUCCGCCUCCUCCUCGACCGUUACACCGGGUCUGGUUUUAUAUCGGCCAACCUGUACAACCACGGAUUCUUCAGCGCGAACAUCAAGCUGCCGUCGGAGUACACGGCCGGCGUGGUGGUAGCUUUCUAUACAUCGAAUGGAGACGUGUUCGAGAAGACGCACGAUGAACUGGACUUCGAGUUCUUGGGGAACGUAAAAGGGAAGCCAUGGAGGUUUCAGACGAACGUGUACGGAAAUGGGAGCACAAGCCGUGGAAGGGAAGAGAGGUAUCGGCUUUGGUUCGAUCCAAGCAAGGAGUUCCAUAGAUAUAGCAUUCUCUGGACGGCCAAGAACAUCAUAUUUUAUGUUGAUGAAGUUCCCAUAAGAGAGGUGAUUCGCAACGAGGCGAUGGGUGGCGACUACCCAUCAAAGCCAAUGGCAUUGUACGCGACCAUAUGGGAUGCCUCCAACUGGGCCACUUCAGGUGGCAAAUACAAAGUGGACUACAACUACGCGCCCUUCGUCUCUGAAUUCUCCGAUUUCGUGCUCGAUGGCUGCCCUGCUGAUCCACUUCAGCUAGCAUCCGCCGGCGGCUGCUCCGACAAGGAUGCUGAGCUCGAGAGCAAUGACUAUUCCGCCAUCACCCCACUUCGUCGCAUCUCCAUGCGCAAGUUCCGCCAAAAGUACAUGUACUAUUCCUACUGCUACGACACCCUGCGCUACGCUACUCCCCUACCGGAGUGUGUCAUCAUCCCUUCCGAGAAACGUCGGUUCAAGGACACUGGGCGCUUGAAGUUUGGAGGCAGCCACAAGAAGAGCUCCAAGCGGAGGUCCCGGGUGCCGGUUGCCACCACCUCAGACCGCCAGGCUGCUGCAUAAAUACGAGUCAUUCCAUUUGUCAUCAAAAUUCAGAUGCUAUGGUGGUGUUGGUUCCUUAUUUUUAUUUUUAUUUUUCAUUUUUCAUGUUUGUUUAUAUAAAGUGAGUAUAUGAAUUAAAUAUUUAAACUUGAUUGUUGGUUGAUUAAAUUAUAUUAUAAAGUAUUAAUUUUGUUCUAGUAAUUGAUACGUGUUGGUGUUUUGGAUA